AGUGGGGAGCGACAGGUAUAAAAGUACGACACAGGAGAGAGUGGGGCUCCAGUGGUCAACGGGUCAAAAAGUCCGUUGACGAAACGCGUCGAGUCGUCGACGAUUUGCAUUGUUUUCUUUCUCGAGUACACGUCGAUCUUUCGAUAUUCGUGUACCUAGAGACGCGAAAGCGUCUCUAAAUAUUGUAUCCGAAUUUUAUAUCGACCGAUUUAAGUGAAUUUUGGGGUUAUUUUCAAUAGAAUCUUGCUCAUGUGGAAAAAUAUAAUCUUCGAUUGGUCGAUCGGUUUGAAAAGUGCAACUGCAGUGAGUGAGAUUUCGAACGGUGGAUACAAAAGAAAUUUUCUUCAAUAUUCGCUCAUUACGCUUGUAUUCGACGAUUCCUUUCGAGGACUCAACACGAAUAAAGAGAAAUGACUGUUGAAGCGUCAGCGAUGAUUUUCGAGUAUUUUGUUUUUGUGGCGGUGAUCGUCGCAUCGUUCGUUAUUCCACUCUGGGGAAGGUUUAGGGCCAAGGAGAAGGAGACGAAAGCGAAUUAUGUGUUCGCAACUGGUACAGUUUCCGUGGGCGCUAUGAUGCUCUCGAUAGCACGUGGCACAAUCGGAGUGAGAUCCUUCCUCGGCUACCCAUCGGAACUUUAUUAUCGUGGUAGCGCCAUGUGGGAAACUCUCUACGGAAUGUUGCUCUCCUAUCCGAUAGUUUGCUUUAUCUUUGUGCCUGUGUACUACAGCCUCGGAAUCACAUCGGUUUAUCAGUAUCUCGACAUGAGAUUCAAUUCAAAAACGGUACGUUGCCUCGCCAGUUUUUCGUACGUUAUUCGUAGUCUACUGAACCUCGCAGUGACCGUAUUUACACCGUGCGUCGCCUUGAAAACUGUCAUAGGCUUGCCCCACUGGGCCAGCAUAAUCGGAAUUACGACGAUUUCGGUCCUCUUCACGUCCAUGGGCGGUCUCAAGGCAGCCAUUACGUCAGAUGUCAUUCAGGGCUUCAUCGUGAUCGGAAUUUCUCUGGUUAUCAUCGGUCAGGGUGUCUACGACGUCGGUGGCAUUUCGCCCAUGCUUAACGUAACUUCCGAACGUGGACGUUUUGAUUUUUUCGACUUCAACAUGGACCCAACGAUCCGCGUUACAACAGUCUCGGCAACACUGGGUCAGCUCUUCAUGAGUCUUUCGGUAUUUGGGUGUCAGCAAAACUUCGUGCAGCGUUACUGCAGCAUGAGCAGUCGCGGUAAAGUCGCAACAACGAUGAUGGCGAACAUGCCAGUCAUAACGGUACUGCUCUCGCUCUCGUGGGUCGUCGGCAUAGUAAUAUUCGCGAGUUACGCAGACUGCGACCCCCUGAGCAUGGGUUACACAUCGAAGUUCGACGAGAUAGUGCCGUUCUACGUCAAGGAUCGAUUGGCCUACUUGCCAGGUCUGAUGGGUCUCAUAAUGGCGACCCUGUUCAACAGCGCUCUGACCCUGGCCGUUUCGAACCUCAAUUCCCUCGCGACGGUUACGUUCGAGGAUUUUCUAAGUCAGAUACCAGCGCUGAGCAGCCUCCGAGACACGCAGCAGCUUCGCCUCAUCAGAAUAAUUGGCGUGGUGUACGGCCUGGUGAUCGUGGGCGUGAGUUUCCUCGUGGCCAUGCUUUCCGGUGUUAUCGAGUCGUCGAUGUUGAUGACCUCGGCGACCUCGGGACCGUUGCUGGGUGUAUUCGUACUGGCGAUGCUGGUGCCGUGCUGCAAUUGGAAAGGAGCUGCCGCUGGGAUGAUCUUCAGUCAUGUGACGACUCUGUGGAUAACAUUCGGGCAUCUGUCAGUGGCGAUCGACGCGGAGCCACUGCCGCUGUCCACUGCCGGCUGUCGGAACGACACGUUCGCGCCGUAUCUGGUGACGCCGAGUCCAGCGCCGGGCAGCCCUACGCGAACGCCGCUCCAAUUUCUCUACGGCAUCACCUACAUGUAUUACGCCCUCGUCGGCAGCGUGACGACGAUUAUUGUCGGCAUAAUCGUGAGCCUCGUCACUGCUGAUGCCAAAGAAGACGCCUACGCCGAGCAUCUGCUGCAUCCGGUUGCUCUCAAACUGUCAAAAUGGUGUCCUGGGGAACCACGUUCUUAUGUGGCCCGCACGCGAUUGGCCGAUCCUCUGGCAACGACCAACCCGUCCUACACCGAUUCGGACACGUCCGUAACUCACGAGACGGGGGAGCCCGAGCCGGAGCUCGGUGCUGCCGAGGUCGGUAAACUCAACGCCUUCGAGAACGUUCCCCUUGGAAUUGGCUACGAAACGAACAAGGGCUCGAGCGCAUGAGUGCUCGGGGAACCGAUAUUUCGGUGGGGAGACGAAGAAAACGUUUUCGGGUUUAUAUAAAUAGUUUUGAAAAAGAGUAACCGCUCUGGGCGCAACGUCAAAUCUUGUAAAGCGAGCCUGAAAUCGUGUGUUUCAGAGCUUCCGCUGCCUCGCCUAUCUUAUUUUUUAGCCACCCUUUUAAUAUGAAUAUGCGACUGGAGCGCUUCAGUUCAGGAGGCCCCGCUCGGGAGCCCGGAACACGAACCGUCCCGUUCAACUUCCCUGGACGGAAUGCUCGUUAGCUUAACGUUCGGACGACUUCUACCCUUCGUCGAAGCUUCUUCCCGGUUGUUCCCCCACCGAUGAACGAGCCUCGAAUAUACUCCCAAUCGGGACCCGCUACUCGAGUCGACAAGCAAGUCCCUAACAAGAUUUCGUCACGUUUGAGUCUCGGAGCCCAAAUAAGACGUGCUUAUACGUCAGGCUUUCGACGAUGCUCAAUUACAUCCUAUUUUCCAGCUACAUGAGACUGAUUAUUAUAGCGGUUGAAUGGACGAGGCCGAAGCAUUGAUAAAGAUUCGAUGGAGCAAAAUAGUUUUAGAAUUCAAUUGUACAGUGGUCGAAGGUUUUUUCGUGUGAGAAACUUGGAGUUUCUUCGCCUCGGAGCCUCGCAGUGAAUGGUUAUAAACGUUAUAAAAGUAUUUUAGGCUUUUUGAGUAUAAAAUAUAAUUGUUAUUGUGAAUUUUUAUUGUUUUGUACAUUUUAAGGUUUUGUAUGUGGUGACACACGAGAGCUGUCCCAAGACUGUACACCGUUCCCGUUACGCCGGCUUGUAAAUGUACUUUUGCGUUUUGUAACGUCAAUUCAAUUGGAGUUGCACGGAUCGUGCGGAUCCUACCACGGGUAACGGGUCGUAUGUCUGUGACAAAGAUAGAAAAAAGAAAUGUCAAAAUUUGAUUUGACCUCGUACGUUGUCACCUUCACGAUUUUUUAGCUUCUUGUUUCAUUAUUUAUUCUUUUUCCACACAGCCACUCAACUGUAAAUGUUUCUUCAAUGUUUACUGGAAAAAUGGAGAAUAAUUGAUGAAAUGAUAAAAAAAAGGACUCGAGCGUAGAAUUAAUAAUGGAUCGAAAUUCGACGAUCCAAUAAAAGUUAAGAGAUGGAGGCAAAAUAAAUCAUGAGAACAGUUUAAUAAAAAUGAAAAAAAUUAUGAAAAAA